AUGGAUCUCCAACGAAAUCUUGAUUCAGAGCAGCUCAGCCUGCGUGACGCAGCGCGUCUUUGCUGCCCUGAACUUGCCUCCACCGUAGCGGACGGUAAGCUGGGCUAUCCGGACAGCCCGGAAUACAAUGCAUCGCUGGAAUCAUACUAUUCGGUGCAGCAAGAGAGCAUCCGUCCAGCUUGUAUCGUAUUCCCGCAAACCAUCCAAGACGUAUCAGACGCUGUGAAAGUCCUGACAAAGCACACAAUCAACGGCUUGUGCAAAUUCGCUAUCCGGUCCGGUGGGCACACCAGUUGGGCAGGUGCGUCCAACAUUGCUGGAGGCGUGACGCUGGAUCUGCGCGGACUCAACAGCAUCGACCUCAGCGAAGAUGGCAAGACGGUGCAGAUCGGUCCUGGUGCCUCUUGGGACGUCAUCUACCAGAAACUUGACCCUCUGGGACGCAGCGUGGCGGGCGGCCGUGUGCCCACGCUGCGUCCGUGUGGCUGGAGUUGGCUCGUCCUGAGUGACGGGACGGUGGUCAACGCUAAUGAGAACGAGAACGCAGAUCUGUUGUUCGCACUCCGCGGCGGCGGCAACAAUUUUGGCAUCGUCACCCUCAUCGACUUGGAAACUUAUGAUCAGGGUCUGCUGUGGAGUGCAUCCUUGAUGUGCGACGCCUCUGUUGUUGAGUCUAAUGCUAAAGAGUUUGUUCGACUCAGCACAGCCCAUGACUAUGAUGAGAAAGCUUCAUUCCUGCUGUCGUUUGCUUACAUUGGCUCUAUGGGUCUCUCCGUCAUCGCGAACACACUCAUAUAUGCCGAUGCAGUGGAGAACCCUCCUGUAUACCAGAAAUUUUUGAAGCUUCCAGCACUUCAAGUCACCACGGGACUCAAGAAUAUGACAACCUUGUCUCUCGAAGGCGAGGCCAUGGUACCAAAGGGUGCGCGAUCCCUCCACUGUACCCAUACUGUCAUCUCGACCGAAGCUAUGCUCCAAGCCAUACACAAGGUUUGGAAUGACGCAGUUUCCGCUGUCAGAAACGUGUCGGGCAUAUCAUGGGUUCUCUCAUUCGACCCAGUACCCCCGUGCUUUUACGCUCGUCAUGCGGCCUCGAACGCUCUCGGCUUAAGUGGCCGAAAUGGCGCCGCUCUUCUCGUGUUGUUGCUAGAUGUCAGAUGGAGCGAGGCAACUGACGACGAGACCGUCGCAUCCACUGCUAAAUUGCUUUUCGAAGCAAUCAAGCAUGAGGCACAAAAGAUAGGCGCAUUUGACCCGUUCAUCUAUCUCAACUAUGCAGGGCCGGACCAGAACCCGAUAGCGACCUAUGGCGCGGAGAAUGUACAGCGGCUGAGGGCAAUCCGGAGCCGAGCAGAUCCCGGGGAAUUGUUCACGGAGCAGGUGCCCGGGGGCCACAAAGUUCCCGGUGAAUCAUUGAUACAUUACACGCGACUCUACUGUGUUGGCUAUUACAUCUGGUUGCAAGGUUUCAGUGGCUUUGUAAAGGCUUGCAUGCCCCAUCACUGUUUGACCUUGAGCCUCAUCAUCAAUACGAGUACAUAG